CUUCACGUCUUUUUUCUGAAGACCUAACACAGCGAAGAUGUCGUCGUCGGAGCUGCCAGAGGAGAACCCCAUCUACGGACCCUUCUUUGGUGUCAUGGGGGCAUCGUCAGCUAUCAUAUUUUCCGCGUUUGGGGCGGCCUAUGGCACCGCCAAAUCUGGCACGGGCAUCGCUUCGAUGGCAGUGAUGCGGCCCGAGCUCAUCAUGAAGUCCAUCAUCCCCGUUGUCAUGGCGGGUAUCAUCGCCAUUUACGGGCUAGUCAUAGCCAUCCUCAUCGCCGGGAAGAUUACAGAGCCCGCAACGUACUCCCUCUACAUGGGCUUCAAGCACCUGGGCGCCGGGCUGUCGGUGGGCUUCAGCGGGCUGGGCGCCGGUUUUGCCGUGGGCAUCGUGGGCGACGCCGGGGUGCGCGGCACGGCGCAGCAGCCCAGGCUCUUCAUCGGCAUGGUGCUGAUCCUCAUCUUCGCCGAGGUGCUGGGGCUGUACGGCCUCAUCGUCGGCAUCUUCAUGUACGCCGACUAGCGCCGUCGCCACGGCGGCCGCUCACCUAGUCCAGCCGGCGGGGCGCCCUCGCGGGCCACCGUCUCCUCUUUUGUGGCCCGCUAGGGUAGCCCCCUCAACAAAACAUAGGUCUCUCAGGAAAACACCGGGACGUGCGUCUGAAAAGUUUUGCCUUUUAUCUGUAGAAGAGAACCACCAGAAACGAAAUGAAACGAGGAAGACGCUGAUUCUGCAUCUCGUGAGCAGCAAUUACAAAUGAGGCAAAGCUUUUCAGGGCACCAAAAUUUUAAUAUUUUCUUUGCUUGUCUCUUAUCUACUGUAUGCAAUCAGGACGUUCCACGGUUGGGAAUGAAACAUGCCGAGCAUGUG